GUGCUCCUACUUUUAACUUAUUCAGAGUCUUUCGUUUUUCUCUUGCACUCUUUUCAGUUCGAUUCUUGUACUUCGAUUAUGGGUUUGCACAGAUAGACACACUGAGCUCAAAGUUGAAUUCUUGUGGAGUUUUUAGUGAUCAUGCUUUGUGGGUUUUUGUUAAAGUUGAAUGCUUGAUUGUUGGGAGUUGAAUUUGAAAAGAAUUUGUUUUGGUACAUAAUUUGGUUGUUUUUAAUCACAUUUGGGAAUUUGGGGUAUUGUUUUGAUGGAAAUGAAGAGUUUUGGGUUUGUUGAUAUGCCAUCUGUGUUUGUGAUUUUUCUGCUCUGUGUAUGGGGAUGUGGUUUUGCUGUGGGUAAGGAGUGUACAAACUCUGUUGAUUCUUGGAUGCAAUCACAUACUCUUCGGUUUGAGCUUUUAAAUUCCAAUAAUGAAACUUUGAAGAAUGAGGUGUUCUCACACUACCACUUGACACCAAGUGAUGAUGCUGCUUGGUUGAAUUUGCUUCCAAGAAAGAUAUUGAGGGAGGAAGAUGAAUAUGAGUGGUCAGUGAUGUACCGGAAGAUGAAACACGCCGGUGGUGGUUCUGAGGCCCCCGGAGGUUUUCUCAAGGAAGUGUCAUUGCAUGAUGUGAGGUUGGAUCCAACCUCACAACAUGGGAAGGCACAGCAGACAAAUCUAGAGUACCUGUUGAUGUUGGAUUCAGACAGUUUACUUUGGAGCUUUCGAAAGACAGCUGGUUUAGCAACCCCCGGAGAACCAUAUGAUGCCAAAGAUUCGUGGGAGAAACCGUCUAGUGAACUGCGGGGUCAUUUUGUAGGGCAUUAUCUGAGUGCGUCGGCAAUGAUGUGGGCUAGUACUCAUAAUGAUACUCUCAAAGAGAAGAUGUCCGGGAUUGUGUCAAGUCUUGCUCUUUGUCAGAAUGAAAUUGGCAGUGGAUAUCUUUCAGCUUUUCCAACCUUGGAAUUUGAUAAAUUGGAAAAUAUUACAUAUGUCUGGGCUCCUUAUUAUACCAUUCACAAGAUCUUGGCAGGCCUGUUGGAUCAGUAUACACUUGCUGGUAGUGAUCAAGCUUUUAGUAUGGUGAAAUGGAUGGUUGAGUACUUCUACAAACGUAUUCAGAAUGUGAUAUCGAAGUACAGUAUAGCAAGACAUUAUAUGUCACUCAAUGAAGAAGCCGGUGGCAUGAAUGACAUUCUUUAUAAGCUAUAUACUAUCACGGGAGAUACGAAGCAUUUAUUGUUGGCUCAUCUUUUUGACAAACCCUGCUUUCUAGGACUGUUGGCAGUGAAGGCUGAUGACAUAGCUGGUUAUCACACUAACACACAUGUUCCAGUUGUCAUUGGUGCUCAAAAGCGGUAUGAAGUCACUGGUGAACCUCUUUAUAAGGAAAUGGGGAUUUUCUUUAUGGACAUUGUUAACUCUUCUCACACUUAUGCAACAGGAGGGACAUCAGUCAGCGAGUUUUGGUCAGCACCUAAAAGAUUGGCGACCACUCUACAGACAGAGAAUGAGGAAUCAUGUGUAACUUAUAACAUGCUGAAGGUCUCUCGCACCCUCUUUAGAUGGACCAAAGAACCGGCAUAUGCGGAUUUUUAUGAGCGAGCUCUAACAAAUGGUGUGCUGGGUAUCCAAAGAGGAACUGAGCCUGGAGUCAUGAUCUACAUGCUGCCACUAGGCAGUGGACGGUCGAAGGCCAUAAGCUAUCAUGGUUGGGGAUCACCAUUCGAUCAUUUCUGGUGCUGCUAUGGCACUGGGAUUGAAUCGUUCUCAAAGUUGGGAGAUUCUAUAUAUUUUGAAGAGGAAGGUGAAACGCCUAGUCUUUACAUUAUCCAGUAUAUAUCAAGCUCGCUUGAUUGGAAAUCUGGGAAUGUUGUACUCAAUCAGACAGUUGAUAAUAUCAAUCCCUGGGAUCCGUACCUUAGAAUCACGUUAACAUUUUCUCCAACGAAGGGGACAGGCAAAUCAUCUACCUUGAACUUGCGAAUGCCAAUUUGGACAGAUUCAGAUGGUGCAAAGGUAGCAUUGAAUGGUCAAAGUCUGCAUCCAUCAGCUCCAGGUAGUUUCCUACAAAUAGCAAAUAAAUGGAGCCAUGGUGACACAGUAACUCUUCAGCUACCCAUUAGUCUGAGAACAGAAGCUAUUAAAGAUGAUCGGGCAGAGUAUGCUUCAGUCCAGGCAAUUCUUUAUGGUCCGGUUCUGCUUGCAGCUCAUACCAGUGGUGACUGGGACCUCCGAACUAAGUCAAUCGACUCUCUUUCAGACUGGAUUACUCCAAUCCCGUCCUCGUACAAUAGUUAUUUGGUAUCUUUCUCCCAAGAGUAUGAAAACUCAACGUUUGCCUUGGCCAAUGUAAACCAGACGAUUGAACUAGACAACUUCCCGGAAGCAGGCACUGCUGCUUCCGUUCAUGCUACUUUCAGACUCAUUUUAGAUGACUUGUCAACCAAAGUUUCCAAAGCGCAAGAUGCUAUUGGAAAAUCAGUCAUGCUAGAACUAUUUGAUCUUCCUGGACAGGUUCUUGGGCAUCAAGGGAAAGAGAAGAACCUUGUGAUAGCAGAUUCUUCAUAUAGCAGGGUCAAAAAGGUUUUUCGCUUGGUUCCAGGUUUGGAUGGAAAGACUGCCUCGAUCUCCUUAGAGUCGGAAAGUGACAAUGGUUGUUUUGUCUAUAGCACAGAGUCUGAAGUUAAUGCAAUAUUGAAGCUUGGCUGCAAUACAGAUUCAUCAAACGUUGGAUUCAAUCAGGCAGCUAGCUUUGUAAUGAAGAGCGGAAUCAGUCAGUAUCAUCCUAUCAGCUUCGUUGCCCAAGGAAAGGAUAGGAAUUUUCUUCUACAGCCAUUGUCAAGCUUCAUGGAUGAAUUUUAUACUCCCUAUCUCAACAUAACUACUGUUUAAGCAUGAGUUUAAAGACCCGAGCUGAUCAAUUGGGUAACAAAUAGUUGUUGAUGGUGGCUUUCUCAUUGUGGCUGCAGGUCAUCAACAAAUAGUAGUAUUUAGUUUGUAUAUGCAUCUCUAUUUUUAUAAAGUGCUCAUUAGUCUAGCUCAUAAAUCGUCUAUCUUUGUCUUUCUGAAUUCACACACUGGUGUCAGUGUUAUCUUCGCCAAUUAUUAAACAUAUUCUUGAACCUUGGCAACAUGAUAACAAUAAAAGAUAGUAGUAUUUUUCCAAAA